UUGGGAGCCCCGGCCCCGGAGGAGGAUGCUGCGGCUGCGCUGCAAGGCCCGGAGCGGCUCCCACCCGCUGCCCGGCCUCACGGCGCAUUCCCGCCUCCGGGAGCUGCAGGCCGCCCUGGCCGCCCUCACCGGGGUGCCGGCCCCGGCCCAGCGCCUCCUGCUCGGCUUCCCUCCGCGGAGCCUUGACCUGAGCGACGGGGAGCGGCGGCUGGGGGAGCUCGGCAUCCACUCAGGUGAUACUCUAAUUGUCGAAGAGGACACAACCAAACCCAAGAAUGAGUCACCUGUAGUUGCAAAAAGGAGUGUCCCCACUUUGGUCAGGGAAGCAUUGCCUGUACUUGCAAGGAGGGUUGUUCCAGCAGAUAACUCCUGUCUCUUCACAAGCAUAUUCUAUGUGGUAGAGGGAGGCAUUUAUGAUCCAGCAUGUGCUCCGGAGAUGCGCAGUCUUAUAGCCCAGAUAGUGGCAAGUGAUCCAGAGUCCUAUUGUGAGGCAGUACUAGGGAAAACCAAUGAAGAGUAUUGUGAGUGGAUCAGAAGAGAAGAUACAUGGGGAGGAGCCAUUGAAGUAUCCAUUCUGUCUAAGUUUUAUCAGUGUGAAAUCUGUGUAGUGGAUACACAGACAGUCAGAAUUGACCGUUUUGGGGAAGAUGCUGGCUAUGCUAGGCGGGUCCUUCUGAUUUAUGAUGGGAUUCAUUAUGAUCCACUCGAACGUAAAAUCCCUGACUCAGACGUCCCUUCCCUGACCAUUUUCUCAACAAAUGAUGACGUUGUUCUUGCACAAGCAUUGGAAUUGGCAGAUGAAGCCAGACGAAAGAGGCAGUUUACUGAUGUAAAUCGCUUUACACUAAGAUGCAUGGUGUGCCAGAAGGGGUUAACUGGACAAGUGGAAGCCAGAGAACAUGCCAAGGAGACUGGGCAUGCGAACUUUGGAGAAGUGUGACAUCUACAUGAGGAUGGUUACAUCUACUACCUCACUGCUCCAGAAUAAGAUUCUGGGUUUUCAGAUAAGCUAUAUGUAAGCAUAAAAAACUCCCUUCAAAGCUUGAAAAGCCCUCUUAACUUAAUGAAUGAGAUGCACAGGUUUGUUAUGGAUAGUGUGCAGGUUUACAGAUAGGUAUGCCGUAGUGACACACUCUUCCCAACUAGUUUGAAAUAGGUAACUUCUUGCAUGCUGAUUUUAAAGUAACUGGCAGCUUUUUGUUGUAUGUUAGCAGCUAAAAGUCCUGACUCCUGAAGAACCUUAUUUUCUGAUGGAGAAGCUGCUGUGUGACAUGGCUGGACAUACAUACAAUACUGUACCUAGAGUUACAUAGACUUAGAGUAACAGUUGCAAUCUAAACUCUGAAUUAUUGGGUUUAGUUAUAAUCUUUCAGUACUUGUAAACUGGUCAUAGUUUGGCAUAUUCAUGUGCCUAUCAGCAUUUUGUACGAAGAGUUACAUAGUAACUCUUAUAUAUUCAAGCAAUUUUUGCAACAGAGAUGCCUAUAGUGCAUACUUCAUAUAGAAAUGGUAACACCAAAGUUGCCCUGUAUUAGGUCACAAUGAACAAAAGCAACAAGGAGUCUGGUGGCACCUUAAAGACUAACAGAUUUA